AUGGCGACUACACCCAAAUCAGCAAAGAAACUCCCGUUUAUCGACCUCUAUAGUGACGAUGAUAAGCUUCGUAAAUCAGCAAAAACUCUCUUCAAUUAUUCCAAAAAAUACUUCCCAAAUUCUUUAAUUGAGGAACUUUUCCAAGCAAUUGAAUGUAGCCCACCAGGAUCGCGUACAGGUAUUCUCUAUUACGAUGUUUUAAGCGAUGUUUUACCAUCCCUUUGGACCAAACUUUCGUUAAGUAAGCGAAAUGACUUGAAGAUCCGUUUACAUGAAAAGGUUUGGCUUGAAACAGAUUAUGAAACACUCAAGGCUUGUUCAUCUUGUGUAUCGAGUUUAGCGGGUUUACUUUUCCCUAAAAAUGAAUGGGUUUUAUUGUUUCACUUAAUGUUUGAGUAUUUGGGUACGAAUUCAUCGAACGGAAAAUUGUGUGUUAUGCUUUUAUGGAAUGAAUUGAUACCAAAAUGUCCUGAGGUUUUCGUACCUUAUGUUGAUUUUUUGAUUGAGGGGUUUACAGACCUUAUGCCUACUAUAUUGGAAGAUCAUCGAUGUAGGGUUGCUGCUGCUAGGGCUUCUGUGAAAUUGAUUUUGUAUUAUUCAACGCCCGCGAGUUAUUGCAAGUUUUAUGGUCUUUUAGAACAUGUGAUAGUGACUUUGUUUGUGGCAAUUGGUGAGGAAGAUCUUGUGUGUAGCCUUCUUGAGGAUUUGAUUGUUUUGGUUGGGGUAGAGACCGCGGUUUUUAAAGUUAAUAUCGGUGUUGUGGUUAAGUAUAUGGUGAGGAUAGCUGAGAAUUCGAAGUUAGGGGAAAAGUUAAGGCAGCUAUCUAUAGAGUUUAUUGUUACUUUGGCUGAGGAUAGGGAGAUUGGGUGUGGGAUGAUGCAGAUGGUACCAAAAGAAGAAGUUACUAAAUUGCUUAGUGUGUUGAUUGUGAUGUUGGUGCAUAUUAAAGAUGACCCUUGUUGGGGAAAUGCAACUAGUGAUGAUGAAAAUGAAGGGCAGUUGAGUAUGUGUAGUUAUGCUAUGGAGAGUUUAGAUAGGCUAGCAAUUGCAUUAGGGGGAAGUGUAAUUGUGCCUUGUUGCGCUGUGGGCUUGUUCGACCUCUUGCAUGAUCAAAAUUGGAGAAUUCGUCAUGCUGCCGUAACUGCAAUUGGACUGAUUUCAGAAGGAUGCUCAAAGGCAUUGUUACUGGAGAUGGAGAAACUUGUGCAGACUAUUGUGAAACUAAUCCAUGAUGAGCACCCUCGAGUAUGUUGGGCGACAAUUCGUACAAUUGGUCAGCUAUCAACAUAUCUGAGCCCUUGUUUUCAAGAGCAAUAUCAUCAGCAGCUCCUUCGAGCUUUGAUAGAAGUAUUGGAUGAUGUUGAUAAUCCCAGGUUGCAGACACGUGCAGCUUCAGCGAUACAGUUGUUCAGUCAAAAUUGCAGUGCAGAUGUCUUGAAACCUUACCUGCACAAUAUAGUGCGUAAAUUAGUUGGGUUUCUACAGAGAGGAACGGCAAUGAUGAAGGAAGCAUCUCUUGCAACUUUAGCCUCUUUAGCUAUUUCAUCACAGGAGGACUCUGCAUACUUAUACGAUUCUCUAAUGCCUUAUCUGAAAGUUAUCUUGGAAACUGCUACUAAUGGUACAAGUCGCACGCUACUGGCCAAAUCCAUGGAAUGCAUUACCAUGGCUGCAAUGGCUGUUGGAAAUCAAGCAAUCAAUGAUUAUGUUGAAAAGGUCACUGCAAUACUCAUUUCACUGCACGAAACUCAAACGGUGAUAGAAGAUCCAAUGAGGAGACUUUUGUUACUAGAAUGCGGUAGACUAUGUAAAUUUUUGGGGGCAGAUUUCCUUCCUUAUCUGAGUCUUGUCAUGCCCGUUGCGCUAAAAUCUGCUUUGCUAAAGAACUAUUUGAGUGUUUCUGAUAAUUCAGAUACAGAUGAUUCUGAUUAUGAAAGCAUGAUUAAAGCCACUGCUGGGAAUAAAAAGAUCGGGAUAAGAGCUGCACUUCUGGAAGAGAAGGCCUUGGCCUGUCAUAUGCUAUGCUUCUUCUCAACUGAGUUAAAGGAAGGGCUGCAUUUAUGGGUUAAUGAGGUUGUUAGUGCUUUAGUUCCGAAUCUUACCUUUAAAUUCAGCGAAGAAGUUAGAAUGGCUGCCGUUUCUGCAAUGCCGUUACUGUUAAAUUCAGCUUCUUGUGCUAUGAAGAAAGGGCUGCUUGUAACAGGUUGUGGCCAGUCCCCAGUUCAAAAGCUAUCUGACACUAUUAACUCAUCUUUGCUUGAUGCAUUAAAAAAGGAGUCAAAGGUACAAAUUCAAGAAAGACUAUUGGAGGCAUUCAACGAAAGCAUUCAGGUUCAGGGUUCAUGUCUAAGUAAACACCAAGCUGAAAAAUUUGUUGAUGGCAUAUCAAAGGUUCUCUCCAGAUGCUCAUACCGCAAAACAGAAAGAGAGAAACGAGCUAAAGAACACACAGAUUCAAGGAAGCAGGAACUACUUAAGGAGGAAGCUGAGCAACACUUAACUAUAUGUAGAAACAUUGGCAUUUGCCUUGGAACUAUGGUGAAAAAAUUGAAGGCAUCAUUCUUGCCACAUUUUGACAGGUUUUUGCCUUAUGUAUCACUUAUGUGGAGUAAUGAUAGAACAGCAGAAGAAAGAAGAAUUGUAGUGCACCUUUUUCGUGAUGUUGCUGAGCAGUGCCGAGAAGAAGCAUUCAGGCACGUCUUGCAAUUUUCAGUGUCUUAUUAA